AUGCAUCUUUGGAUCGCCUGCAUUUUGCUGAGCGUCACCUCUGUACCUACAGCGGGGAUGUCUGAUGAAGGGAUAUGUGAACGGCUGUGUGCGUGCGAGGAGAGAGAGGGGAUUCUCACCGCGAGCUGUGAAAACAGGGGAAUUGGGAGCAUCUCGGAAAUCAACCCGCUAAACUUCCCACAAUAUCAUCUGCUGCUCACUGGGAAUUUUUUGAGAAAGCUCCCCGCCAACGACUUUGUUGAAUAUCGAGGGCUCACCAUAUUACAUCUGGGAAAUAAUGAGAUAUCUGAGGUGGAAGCCGGAGCUUUUAAUGGACUUCGGGGAUUAAAACGACUACAUCUUAACAAUAACAAAAUUGACGCCUUGAGGGAGGAGCUCUUCUGGGGCCUUGAGAGUCUAGAGUAUCUGCAGCUUGAUUAUAAUUAUAUCACACAAGUGGCCCCCAAUGCCCUCGGCAAACUUCGACACCUAGAGGUGUUGAUUCUGAAUGACAACUUGAUAUCCACUCUGCCCGUGAAUAUCUUCCAGCACGUCCCGCUGACUCAUCUGGACUUGAGGGGGAAUCAGCUGAAAGUGCUUCCAUAUUCGGGACUGCUGGAGUACAUGAACAGCGUGGUGGAGCUGCAGCUGGAGGAAAACCCGUGGAACUGCUCGUGUGACCUGAUUGCCCUCAAAACUUGGCUAGAGAGCAUUUCGUACACAGCCCUGGUGGGCGACGUGGUUUGCGAGUUCCCCUUUCGCCUCCACGGGAGGGAUCUGGACGAAGUCUCCAAGCAAGAGUUGUGUCCCAGAAGAGCCAUCGCUGAAUACGAGAUGCCGCCACAACCACAUUUGAGCUUAGACGGCAACUACAAGAGUACGCCGGCCCUCGCUACGGCCUCAUUAACCUCAUCAGGCAUUGCACGGUCUUCCUCAAGGCCUACAAAGGGACCCCGACAGUCAGGUAAAUUGAAAUCAAGACCGACUGCUCGACUAGCAGCGAACAAACCUCAGAGUUAUGGCCAGAUUAUUUCAUAUCAAACAAAGUCUCCUGUGCCUUUGGACUGUCCGUCCGCCUGCACUUGCAACCUUCAGAUUUCAGACCUAGGCCUUAACGUCAACUGCCAGGAACGAAAAAUCGAGCACAUUUCCGAUUUAGAUCCCAAACCGUAUAACCCCAAAAAGAUGUAUCUCACCGGGAAUUAUAUCCCAGUGGUGCGGCGAACAGACUUCAUUGAGGCAACCGGAUUAGAUUUGCUCCAUUUAGGCAACAAUCGAAUAGCUCAAAUAUAUGACAGAGCUUUUGGUGAUUUAACUCAUCUCAGAAGACUUUACCUUAAUGGCAAUUUGAUUGACCAUCUUACGGCAGAUAUAUUCUAUGGACUAGAGAGUCUGCAGUUCCUAUAUUUAGAAUACAACGUAAUCAAGGAAGUGGCUGCUGACACAUUUCAGCAUGUCCCUAAACUUCAGCUCCUGUUUUUAAACAACAACCUCUUGAAAACGUUACCUCCGGGAGCAUUCCGCGGCCUCACGUUGGCCCGCCUCAAUCUUCGCAGCAACCACCUGCGAUAUCUUCCGGUCGGCGGCGUGCUUGAUCGGCUCACGGCACUGGUGCAGGUGGAUUUGUACGAAAACCCUUGGGAUUGCUCGUGCAGUAUUCUUGACUUAAAGAUGUGGCUGGAGCAGCUCAGCACUGGCACGGUUGUCAACAAUGUCAUCUGCGGUUCGCCCAAGAGGCUCGCCGGGGAAGACAUGCGAUAUAUCAAGACGGUUAAUUUCUGCCCUAAUAACUCGACCGUAGUGGGAUCCGUGAUACCCCCCUCGGAAGAAUCUUUCCCCGGAAGCACCAUCACCAUAGAAACAUCAUUAGACUCCGAUACACAGUAUGGUGCCAUCCCUUUAUCAGUGAUGAUUCUUGCCCUCCUGUUCAUCUUCAUUAUGUCCGUGUUUGUGGCAGCAGGACUGUUUGUAACAAUGAGAAAGAGGCACCUAAAGAGUCAAAACGAGCAGAAUAACUCCAUGAAUGCUUGCAUUAGCUCACUCAACAUGGAGUACGGACUGUACAAAAAGGGAUCCGUCCCAAAGGUCAGAACAUCAGCUGGACACGUGUAUGAAUAUAUUCCACCUCCUUCGGACCAAACGUGCAGAACGACAGGUCACACUUCUGCUGACGGUAAAUCCGCUGAGGGAUUUCGGGACUUCGACGAGUUAAGUGGCGCCUUCCCGACUAAUUCGGAUGAAGAAGCGACGAGCAAUGUAAUAGGCUCGGAAUACAGCACCACAGCUUCGGAGACUCUCAAUAAGCCAUCUGGCAUGAAACAAGAUGAUCCUUCAUACUAUAGAGAAGUCCCUGAUCCAGAGCAGAAGCCCCACUACAGCAAUACGCUACCUUGCAGGCAUGCUGCACGUCCGACCAGUCAGUACACAUCGGAUUUUGACGUGAGACCGCAGCACAUUCAUCCUGACAGAGUGCAACAGACAAUAUUGUACUGCACAACACCAAGUACUGUUUAUGUGGAGCCCAACAGGAGCGAAUAUUGGGAACUAAAAGCAAAGCUUCACAUUGAUCCAGAUUAUCUUGAGGUUCUUGAAAAAAGAACAACAUUUACACAGUUUUAA